UCCAGGACCUUGUACGACUGAAUUCCUCAUCACUGUGGUAACAGUAUCCAGGACCUUAAGAUCAGAUCGUUGGAGGCUGUACCAUGUUGUACUUCCAGGUGGUGAUUUUGGCAGCUACAGUGAUGCUGGUUUACUACUGUGAGUUCACUGACACUUUCAGUCCGGCACAGCAGGGCUUCAUCUGCAGAGACCCAACUUUAACUAAGCCAGAUCCUGGACCUGAACAGGACAGCCGCAUACAGCCCGUAAUUCUGUACUCUGUGGUGGGUGGACUGCCUGUUGUACUGAUUUCAGGUGUAGAGCUAGUUAUCUUCCUCCUUCACUACAACUCAAACAACCUGUACGACCAAGAGAAGGUUGUUGUCAUGGGUGACUGUUGCUACGUGAACCCCAUGGUGCGCAGGACCUUCCGUUUCCUCGGUGUGUAUGUUUUCGGUCUGUUUACAACAGACGUCUUUGUCAACGCAGGUCAGCUGGUCACAGGAAAUCUGGCUCCUCACUUCCUGUCUGUUUGCCAGCCCAAUUACACUGCCCUUGGCUGCCAGGACACGGUACACUUUGUCAGCCAGUCAGAUGCUUGUACUGGUGAUCCUGAUGACAUCAUGAGAGCCAGAAAGACUUUCCCCUCCAAAGAGGCUGCACUGAGUCUGUACACAGCUGUUUACCUGGCAAUGUAUGUCAUGUCCUGUGUCGGUUCCAGUGGAGGUCAUCUGACUGGCCCCCUCCUCAGUCUCUCAUUGGUCAGCCUGGCUGUGCUAACAGGCAUCAACAGAGUGGCCGAGUACCGAAACCACUGCAGUGAUGUCAUUGCAGGACAAGCCAUUGGGGGAGCUAUUGCUGUCUUUCUGGUGGUGUUUGUGGUUCAAUAUUUUAAAAAGAGACCUGUGAUUUCUCAGAGUACCUCAGAUGCAGGAACAGCAAACACUGAUGAGGCUUCACCCCAAAUUAAUCACACCAUGGAAACCAGUGACAAAUACAUUGUUACACAGAGCCCAGGAUUCUUCACAGAAAUCACAUGACUAUAACCCCCCACCCCACUACAUGACCAAGGGGAAAUGGAAGUCACCUACUCUAUGUCACACUUGGACCAUUUGAAAAUGAAUUAGUCACCACCACCUUAAUCUUGAUUAAUAUAAUUACUGCAAACAAGCGGUCACUACAUGCAUCUGCUUUUACAUUGGGUGCUGCCAAAUCAGUUUUGCUUGAUAUCUGCUUUAUCUGCUGCUUUUCUUUACAAAACACAAAGAGGGCGCUGUUCUAGCAGGUGCAUUUUAAAAAGAUGCAAAAUAAAAAGUGUUUAUCGCAAAUGUGGUAUUGAUUUUGGCAAUAACAAUGGUAUCAGACAAAAUCUAUUGUACCAGUCACUUUGACUAUAGUCUAACUUGUUUAUUGUAACUAUACCAAGGUAUAUGAUAUAUUAAUGCUAUACUGUAAAUGAUGAUACAUGUAUCCUCAUGUCUGAUAUGACAUGUAGUAAAGGAUGUACCAUGAAUUCAUAUUAUACGUCAUAAAGCGUCUGUAUGAAAUAAUGUAAAUAUAUUCAUGGUGGUUAUAUCUGUGGUUAGUGGUCACAGUUUCCCUCCAGCUGUCUAUGACUCAGGGCAAUAGCAAAGUUCAUAGAACAUGUCGAGGUUCUGCAAAAUUAAAAAAAACAGGAUGUCCUUGCUGUCAUCUCAGUAUAGUUGUUUCGUUGCAUAAUUCCAGUUUUGUUGUUUUGGUUACAUAUAGCUUUAUUUUGUAAUUUAUUUGCAUUUCUUUUUUUUGUUUGUUGAAUGUAUCAUGUUUGAAAGUACAGUGUUGUGUAUUUCUUCAAGCUCACAGGCCAGCAAAUAGAUAAUUUAUUUUUUAUGCACUUACCUAGUUUUGUACUUCAUGCAAUGCCCCUUACUACUCAUCCUACUAUUCUAAUACAUUCUAGCGUGUAUCCAAAAUGUUUUCUUCUCAGACACUACCGACCUGAAACCGGGAUAUAUCAGGUUGUAUGAUGUGUUUUGUUCCUGAGAGGGCCAGUUAGCCUGGGAACCAGACGAAUCUGCCGAGCUCAUGUUUCAUUUGGUCUUGUCCCUCUCCCAUUCAAACAGAUUUCCACCAUCCUGGAUUCGGUCGGGUCAAUCACAUUUAUCUAAUAUGGGGCGGGUUUGAUAGACAGCUGUGUCUCAAUUUAGUGACAGAGUAGCGUUACAGGUCCAGAUUUGAAGGCAUUUUGGUCUUUGCCUGUUGAUAACGCCCCUUGGAAAUCGAAAAUUAACUGAGAGGUUCCAAACUCCAGGCCAAGGUCCAUUGGGCAUUUCCUUGUUUCAUUCUGUAAACUAUUAUAAAGUUGAUAUACUACAUAUAUGAACACAUGUUUGUCUCUUCUGAAAUAGCUGUAGUUUAAUAUGUGCAGAUGUAAAUAUACUGUUAUUUAGUGUCGCAAUGAAGUAGGAGCUUGACUCAAGUUGCCAUGUAGCUGUCAUGACUGACUGAUUUCGGCUCAAAUUCAUACUGACUAUUUUAAUAAUUUCUUUAUAUAUGAUUAUGAUAUAUAAACAGAUGCAUUGUGUUUCAAGGUGUUAUAUUAAUUUGCAUACUUUUGAAAUUGUUUGUCCAGUGAUGUGAUGACUUUUUUUUUGUCUGUGACGUUUGGGUUAUUGUGCAGGAAAGAAGAGUAACAGAUUAAGUUACAGUAACAGAUUAUGAAAACAAAAAGUAUCAGACAUGUUACUGGGAAGGCAGUGACUUCCCUUCAGUAGAGAUCUAUGCUCUUCACUCAAAGCUGCUCUGCUGUACCAUACAGUUGUUCUUGGAUUGGACAGUAGCUGAACUCCCCCUGCAAAUGCUUAAAAAUUAAAUGUAAUUUUCAUUUUAAUUGCA